AUGCCGGAUAGCGAUACGCAUACCGGACAGGCUUGUGGGGGAGGGGCCAGACUAAGAGCGGUACACUGCGGAGGGUCCACUCCCGGUACCACUCUGAUCAGCAGAGCAGACUGGGACGUGGACGUGCGCCGUCAGAGUGCGGGCAGAGGGGCUCAUCAGAGCGUUUGCGCGGCGGGCUCCGGCGGCUGUGAUGUCACGGCUGAGGGUACCGGCACUGCCGAGAAAUCCCUUUCCGUGUCUACCGACGCGGGCUGCCCCAACUCAUCUAGGGAGGGCACAACUGAUCCCGAGGGCCUCGGCCCUCACCCGACGACCAUAGGCAAUCGAACUAAGGACAUCGAUCUUGAAGAGACGGAGAGCAGUUGCUCUGAGGAGCUACCGGAGAAGCUGCCCCAGGGGGGUGCGGCUCCUAUAGGAAGAGAGAAGGCAGGUGCGUGCCAGCCGCGAGACAAACUGGGCCGCUUUGUGCGACAAACGAAGGCGGUUAGCAAGCGGACUGACCUGGAGAUGGAGCAGGACAACAUCGACGAUGUGGAUCCCGUCGCGAAAGUCUCGCAGACUAAUUUCGAGAGGGUCUCGGCCCGCUCUAAACGGCAUCUUGUGUGUGAGGAGACGGAGCCUGUUACGGCCCCUAAAAUUAGCACCGCCCGAAGAGGCCGAGUCACUGGUCCAUCGGGCGCCUCGACGACAAGGACGCCCGGUCCCACCACGCUCUCGUUCCCGAAACCUGCGGACGAAGAAACUCGCCGCCUCAGAGCGGACAACAAGAGGAUGGCGGGAGAGCUGGCUGCCCUAAAAGCUGAGGUGGCUGCUCUCCGCAGGGCCUUUUCAGAGAGGCCAAAAGCCCCCUCUCGAGGGAUUCCAUCCUCCGCCGACCAACCGGCGGGGUUGACGGAACUUAUGGAAGAGCUCAAAAGGAGCCUCCUCGUCUCCCUGGGCGAAAUUAUCAACAUUCGCUUAGGAGAGAUCGAGAGGCGCCUCCCUCCGGAGCCGAUCCUGAGACCACCUCUGGCGGCUGACAAGAAGAGGGCUGAGGCCAGUCGCCAAGCACCGGGUCCGAGCGCUGAGGCAUCUCCUGCUUUUCGCCCGCCGGCCCAGUCGAUCACGGCAGCCAAACCUGCAGCCAAACGGCGGCAACGCAAGCGGCAAGCGACCGCCGCGCACACCGAGGCCCAGAGUCGGGAGACGGCGCAAGCCGCGUCCGUCUCACUUCGGUCCACUGAGUGGACCGAUGUCGUACGGCGCAAACCUUCCAAGCGGAAACGACCCGCUCAGCCCGCUGCGACUGAUCCUGUCACGCCCCGCGUCAGGACCACAGCGCCAAAGGUCAAAAAGAUGACUACCCCGAAGUCGACAGCGGUGGUCAUUACUUUGACACCGGAGGCAGCAGAGCGCAAUGUGUCUUACAAGGACGCCUUGAAGAGGGCAACGGCUGGACUGCAGCUUAGCACGGUCGGCCUAAAUUCUGUGCGGGUGCGUAACACGGCCACAGGGGCACGUAUUAUUGAGGUGCCGGGCUCCGAUAGCGGCACCAAUGCGGAUGCUCUCGCAGAGAAACUGCGAGAAAUAAUUGGCGAUGUGGCCGUAAUUUCCAGGCCGACCCCCAAAGCCGACAUCAUAGUCUCGGGUCUGGACGAGUCGGUGGGGCCGGAGGACGUGCAGAGGGCGGUGGCGGCAAAAAGCGGAUGCACCUUACAGCUGGUGAGGGUGGGUGGCAUCCGCACCAGGCCGGACGGAACGGGGUCUACCCUGGUUCAAUGCCCGGUUGUGGCCGCCAAAACCCUGGUCGAGGCGGGACGACUUCUGGUCGGGUGGUCGUCAGCCCACGUUAGGGCACAGGACCCUCUCCCCAUGAGGUGCUUCCGGUGCAUGGGUACCGGCCACACAAGGGCCCUGUGCCCGUCACAGGUGGAUCGGAGCACCCUGUGUUUUCGAUGCGGGACUGAGGGUCACAGAUCGGCGACCUGCACGGCAGAGCCUCGUUGUGCCGUGUGCACCCACGCGCGACGGCCGGCGGGGCACGUGAUGGGAGGAAGGGCAUGCAUCCCUCCGCCCACGAGAGGCAAACCGGCCAUCCAGGUCCGGACCGCGAAUGAGGGCCAGAUGGAAACGUGA